GAUUCACCUUCUGAAAAGCUAUAUUAUAUUUCUUGUAAAUAACAGGUUGGUGAAAGAGGAGUUCAAAUGUCUGGUGGGCAAAAACAAAGAAUCGCAAUUGCUCGUGCAAUAAUCAAGUCACCUCGUAUCCUUCUUUUGGACGAGGCCACAAGUGCACUAGACACCGAAUCAGAACGAGUGGUUCAAGAGGCACUUGAUCAAGCAGCCGUUGGUCGAACCACCAUCGUCAUAGCACACCGUCUCUCAACCAUUCGAAACGCAGACAUCAUAGUGGUAGUUCAGGAUGGUCAAGUGGUCGAGUCUGGCUCCCAUGAUUACCUCAUUCAACACGAUAAUGGCCUCUACACAUCACUUGUUCGCCUCCAGGAAACCAAAGGAAAAGAUGAACCACAUAAUCCUAAUUAUCUGCUUGGGCCAUCAUCAGUCACUUCAACAUAUGAUGUCCAAAACACAAGUAGCCGUCGGCAACCAAUAGUUAGCCGGUCAAGCUCCUCAAGCUCAGUAAACCACGGUGGAGGCGAGAAUAUUACCUUAAAUGUCAACCAAGACUUUCCUGUUCCAUCUUUUAAGAGGCUUUUAGCAUUGAAUCUUCCUGAAUGGAAGCAAGCACUGUUAGGGAGCGUGGGUGCAAUUCUAUUCGGUGCAGUCCAGCCACUUUACGCGUUUGCAAUGGGUUCGGUGAUAUCAGUGUAUUUCUUGCCGGAUCAUGAUGAAAUCAAGCGUAGAACGAUGAUUUAUGCAUUGUGUUUCGUUGGUUUGGCUGUUUUCUCAAUGGUAAUCAACAUCAUUCAGCAUUACAAUUUUGCAGCCAUGGGUGAGUGCUUAACAAAGAGGGUCCGAGAAAGAAUGUUGUCAAAGAUACUCACCUUCGAAAUCGGAUGGUUUGAUCAGGAUGAAAAUUCAAGUGGAGCCAUUUGUUCUAGGCUUGCUAAAGAUGCCAAUGUGGUGCGAUCAUUGGUGGGUGAUCGAAUGGCACUUCUAAUUCAAACAAUCUCUGCAGUGACGAUUGCGUGUACAAUGGGGUUGGUAAUUGCAUGGAGAUUGGCAUUGGUUAUGAUAGCGGUCCAGCCUUUGAUAAUUGUGUGCUUCUACUGCAAACGAGUUUUGUUAAAGAACAUGUCACAAAAAGCCAUGAAAUCACAAGAGGAAAGCAGCAAACUUGCAGCUGAAGCAGUCUCGAAUCUACGUACAGUCACAGCCUUUUCGUCUCAAGCACGAAUACUCAAAAUGCUCCAAGAGACCCAAAAAGCACCGAUGCGUGAAAGCAUCAAGCAAGCGUGGUAUGCUGGAUUCGGGCUCGGAUUUUCUCAAAGUCUUAUGGCUUGCACAUGGGCUCUAGACUUCUGGUAUGGUGGGAAAUUGAUUAGUGAUGGUCAUCUUGGGUCGAAAGCGCUUUUUCAGACUUUUAUGAUCUUAGUGAGCACUGGAAGGGUCAUUGCGGAUGCUGGGACCAUGACAAAUGAUCUAGCCAAAGGGUCUGAUGCGGUGCAGUCUGUGUUUGCGGUGUUGGACCGUUACACCUUGAUUGAACCCGAGGACCCUGAUGGUAAGAAGCCCGAUAUCAUUACAGGUCAUAUAGAGAUACGCGAUGUGGACUUUGCAUACCCUGCUCGCCCUGACAUCAUGAUCUUUAAAGGGUUCUCCAUUAAUAUUGAAGCUGGGAAAUCUACAGCAUUGGUCGGACAAAGUGGAUCUGGAAAAUCAACCAUAAUUGGGUUGAUCGAGCGUUUUUAUGAUCCAAUAAAAGGCGUUAUCAAAAUCGAUGGAAGAGACAUAAAGUCGUACCAUUUAAGAACUCUAAGGAAAUACAUUGCACUCGUCAGCCAAGAGCCUGCACUAUUCGCGGGUACGAUACGUGAAAACAUCCUAUACGGGGCUUCUGAGGAAGUUGGUGAAUCCGAGAUGAUCGAGGCCGCAAAAGCAGCCAAUGCACAUGACUUCAUAGCGGUUUUGAAAGAUGGCUACGAUACACAGUGCGGUGAUCGAGGGGUUCAGCUCUCUGGAGGACAAAAACAACGUAUUGCCAUAGCACGUGCCAUACUGAAAAACCCAGUGAUUUUGUUGCUUGAUGAAGCCACUAGUGCACUAGAUAGUCAAUCAGAAAAAGUCGUGCAAGAAGCGCUUGAGCGAAUGAUGAUUGGGCGGACGAGUGUGGUGGUUGCACACCGAUUGAGUACCAUACAAAGUUGUGACACAAUUGCGGUUUUGGAGAAGGGGAAGGUGGUCGAGAAAGGGAACCAUGGCUCGUUGCUAGCGAAAGGACCGGCUGGCGCUUACUACUCCUUGGUUAGCCUUCAAAAGACUCCUGCUUCUAACCAUACCAUUGACUAAAGUUGGGUGGGUCGGUUUGGUUUUUUGUGAACCUUAAGGAUGGUAUAUACUAAGAUAUGUUUGUUAGGCAUGUCAUUUCUUAACACAGAAAUGAUCUUGAAAUAGUUGAUAUAUUUGUAACCAGUAAAUAUUUUGCUUUUAAUCCAAUAAUCUAGAUUCACAUUAAUGUUCAA